AUGAACCCAAAGCUGCUUUUCUGCUCAUUUCUUGCUGCAAUUCUGGCUGCAAAAGAUGACCCAAGUAAAGUCUAUUUAGAUGUACUCAGGGGCAAAUGGGAGCUUAUACCAAUUAUACCGGAUUUAGUUGAUGGCACCACAUAUUUUCCUGCAUAUAUUGAUGAUACUCCUAAUGAAGCUGAUGCCACGAUAGAUAUGUUUAUUUUUCAGCCAGGACUUGAUGCAUACUGAAUAUCGUCUAUUCGUGGCUCAAGUACUAGCGAAGAGCUUAAACAUAUAUAGCCCCUGAAAUUAUUUAUAUCAUUAUUGGCAAUCCAUUUUAAUUUCCAAAAUUAAUUUGUACUUGUCAGCUUUUUUGAAAAGUAAAAACGAAAAUGACAAAUCUCCGUUUAUGGUUUUAAGGUACCUAAUUAGACUUAUACUGUAUAAGGCAGGUGCCCUGUACAUAUAUUUUUUGGGUCAGUAUUCUGCUGGGGUAUAGAGAUCUAUUAAGUUGCAUGAGCUAUAGCAGACAGCUAUUUUAGCAUUGCAAAAGUUUCAUAUUUCGAUAAUGAUGCAUACCCAGAUCUACUUAUUUGUACAGCCGUAAAGCAUAAUUAGGAUAGAAGAACUCUAAUUCUCCCAGCGAAAAAAAAAUUAUUCGCCCAUAGAAGGAGUUAAUUUUUUUUUUUUAAAAAAUUCAUAUAUAAUAAAUUGUUUUAAAAAAUCCAAACAAUCCUUCCUAGCAAAAACUGGAAAUAUAAAAUUAAUUUAGUUUGUAAAAUUUAUGUUUUAAAUUGAAAGCUGUUUAAAAUUUAAAAGAAUCAGCUAGAUUUCCUUAUAACAAUUAUCAUCUAUAUAUCAAAAUCUAUUUUUUAUAAAACAUUUUGUUUGCUCACAGAGGAAUUUUCAACGGUUUUGUUCUCUCACGGAGUAAGGUUUUUGAAAAACAAUGUUAGAGCUAAUAUCGAGGCCCAGAAAAGAGAACAAAUAAACCCUGAGCAUAUAGAUCCAAGCGAUAAGCUUGAUGACUGGUCUAAAACAGAGCUAUAUACAGUCAUAAGAAACUCAAAAAUUAUGGAUUUCACUGUGGCAGAUGUAAAUCAUGACGGAAUUCCAGAUAUCAUCUUAGCAGUCUGUCAAAAAGAAGGAGCCUGUACAAUGGUAGAACUGAUUUUUUCAGACACAGAAAAGCUUAUAUAUACUUCUCUUGAGCUUUGGUUUGAUAAUAGCGGCAUUCUGCAGAUUUUAAGCGCCAACGACUUAAAUAGCGACGGAGUCACUGAUGUUUUAUAUCUAUCUCAAGACCAUACCAUAAGUUAUGUAGAAAACCAUGACCCAGUCUAUAAUUCAGCUUUUCUCAUAAACACUCUUUCUAAUAACACAAAUUACAUCAAGAGAUUUACCGACCUUGAUUUAAAUGAAGACGGAAAUAUAGAUUUUAUAUAUACAGAAGACCAAAAAGUAGUUCUACUCACAAGGGUUGAAGGCCUAUGGAAGCAGGAAAUUAUAUAUCAAGGGCCAUUUGUGGACUCAAUGGUAUUUGAAAUCACAAGGUCUGGCAGUAACGACAUAAUGCUACUUUUUGAAAACGAAGUGAAAUGGCUUUCACAAACCCCCAUUUCGGAAGCCAAAAAUGAAGAAUUCAGCUUUACAUGGACGAAUAAUAAAGUAGUAUAUGGGUAUAAGGAGUUUCUGCUGGAGUUUAAAGAUACUCAUAAAUGGGCAAGCUUUUUGGUGACUGUAAAAUAUAUGUAGAAUCUAGUGAAAAAAGGGACUAUAGAUAUUAUAAUGUACUCUGAAGAGGAAGGGAGUUUGUAUUGGGGAAGAAAAGAAAAGCUGAAUUUAGAAGGAUUGGGGUGGGAUCCGAAUUUCUGGAUUUAUUUGUCGUCGUAUGUCAUUAUUAUGUCGAUGGCAGCUGGAUUGUUCCAUGCGUAUUAUAUUGAGAAAUUGAAUAAGGAGCAUCAGAAAAUUUUAGAAGGACAACAUCCGUCUGAUCUUAGUGAGGAAUGGAAAAAGAAACUGGAGAUGAUGACUCCACAAGAGAAAAGGCAGCAUUUUAGGAAAACCACGUUUUAG